CCCCGGACCCUGCAUUCACUAUAUCCGAUCUCUCACUAUAUCUGGUCUCCCCGGACCCUGCAUUCACUAUAUCUGGACCCUGCAUAUAUCUGGUCUCCCCGGACCCUGCAUUCACUAUAUCUGGUCUCCCCGGACCCUGCAUUCACUAUAUCUGGUCUCCCCGGACCCUGCAUUCACUAUAUCUGGUCUCCCCGGACCCUGCAUUCACUAUAUCUGGUCUCCCCGGACCCUGCAUUCACUAUAUCUGGUCUCCCCGGACCCUGCAUUCGCUAUAUCCGGUGUCCCAGGACCCUGCAUUCACUAUAUCUGGUCUCCCCG